AUGCCGUCGUCGUGGCCCUGGCAUUUUGUUUCCCUCUCCGAAUCCGACAAGCUACAUCGCCGGGACCUUAUUGAUCUUCGAGGACAGUAUGCACAAUGGUCUAUCGCUGUAGUCAUUGUCGCAGUACGCGUCAUCCGGACUCUGACAACGGCCUCGGGAAAGGCAUCAAAGCCAGCCCGUGGGCAACUUUUGUGGUGGGACCGCCCACUUGUUUCCGGGUGGAUAGAAACUCGACGGCAGUAUUUUAUCUGCGGACUCUGGCUAUCAUGGCUUCUGAGCCUUUCGAUUUGGAACAGUGGAGAUGACUAUCUUCAUUUGACUAAAGCAUUAGGUCAUGUCGGCCUGUCCCAGAUUCCUAUACAAGUCUUGAUGUCUCCAGCGGCAUAUAUCUCAACUACGAAACCAGGAGCUUCGUCUUUGUGCGCGGUGUUGACUGGGAUCUCUCAACGAACUUUGACACCUUAUCACCGUCUCUUCGGUCGAAUGGUGAUCUCGUCUCUUCUCCUCGCUCAUGCUUCGCUGUAUAUGAGCUUUUUUGUGCAGAACAGUCAUCCCGAAUUUGGUCUCUUGGUCUUCAAACGAGUCCGUGACUUUGAUGUGCAAUGUGGCCUGCUUGCGAUCUUCUCAGUAGUGUCCCUCUUCCUCUUUGCACGACCUCGUGGAGCUAAGCAGAAUGGAUUCCAAGGUUGGCUAAUGCAAGGUCCCGUCCAAGAACGCAGGCGCAUGUUCUACCUCUACCAUGUCCUUUUGGUCGUGGUGUUGUGUGGUGCCGCCUACUUCCAUGUCCAGCAGGCGCAAAAGUACAUGACCCAGACUUUUGUGGCCUCAAUACUCAAUGGAGUCUGUUCAUGGGCCGUGGUACAAUGGGGAGGUCGAUAA